AUGGCUAAAAGACCUGCUGAAGAAGAUAACCAAGGAAAGCAAGCGGCGGCUAAGACCGACGCUAAUAGCGUUCCUAAAAAUGUAGUAAUUGAGGAAGAAGAUGUUGAAAUGGGAGAGUUUGAAGACCCUUAUGGUGACGAGUUUGAAAGUGAUGGUGAAAUUAUCGAAAUCAAUUCAGACACUGAAGAAGGUGGGGAUGGUAGUAAAGCUGCUGGGGAUAUAGAAAAAGACGACCAAAUGGAAGGGACUCUUGAAGAAAGCACGCUUUAUUUGCCCCACAGAUCCCGUCCAUUGGGUGCCGAUGAAGUGCUCGAGGCUGAUCCAUCGGUAUACGAAAUGUUACAUAAUGUCAAUUUGCCAUGGUCAUGUCUCACGGUUGACGUGAUGCCAGACGCGUUGGGCGAUGAAAGAAGAGGGUUCCCAGCGGCAAUGUCCGUGCUUACAGCCACUCAGGCACCAAAGGCCAAAGAUAACGAGUUGAUCAUGAUGAAAUUGACACAAUUGGCAAAGACCUUAGUCAAUGAUGAUGAAGAAGACCAGAAUGAAGACGACGAAGACCAGUAUGAAGGAGACCCAGUCAUGGAAAGUGAGACCAUCGGGGUCAGAGACGUUACCAACAGACUUAGAGUAUCACCACACGCUGCCAAAACUGGCGAAUACUUCACCGCCACAAUGAUGGAAAGUGGUGAUUGUUGCAUCUAUGAUUUGUCACCACAAUUCAAAUCAUUAAACUCCCCAGGCCAUAUUGUUCCAAAGAAUGCGAAAAAGCCAAUAUAUACCGUUAGAGCCCACGGAAAUGUCGAAGGUUACGGGUUGGACUGGUCGCCAACCGUUGACACCGGGGCCCUUUUAAGUGGGGAUGUCAGUGGGAGAAUUUUCUUGACAAAAAGAACUUCAAGCAAUUGGGUCACUGAUAAUACUCCUUUCACUUAUAAUAAUCAAUCCAUUGAAGAUAUUCAAUGGUCCAAGACCGAGAAGACUGUGUUUGCUACUGGGGGAUGUGAUGGGUAUGUGAGAAUUUGGGAUACCCGUAGUAAGAAGCACAAGCCAUCUAUCAAUGUCAUUGCUUCCGAAAGCGAUGUGAACGUCAUUUCCUGGAGUAGUAAGGUCGACUAUCUCUUGGCCAGUGGCCACGAUGAUGGUACUUGGGGUAUUUGGGAUUUGAGAAAUUUCCAACCAAACAAAGAAAAGGUCACUCCAGUAGCCUUGUAUAACUUCCACAAAGCCCCAGUCACGUCGAUAAGCUUCAAUCCGCUCGAUGAAUCUAUUAUUGCAGUUGGUAGUGAAGAUAACACUGUCACUUUGUGGGAUUUGGCUGUUGAAGCCGAUGAUGAAGAAAUUAAACAACAAAAACAUGAUAUCAAGGAAAUGGAAGAUAUCCCACCACAAUUGUUGUUUGUUCAUUGGCAAAAAGAUGUUAAGGAAGUCCAAUGGCACAAACAAAUUCCAGGUGCCUUGGUAUCUACCGGUAAAGAUGGGUUGAACAUUUGGAAAACUAUUAGUGUUUGA